CGGGCAUGCGCAAUUGGGGACUUCGCCGACCGGAGGCCGGGCCGACUGGGUCUACGGUGUGGUGGCGGAGUUCUUGGCUUCUCCGCCGGUGUGGCAGCACGGAAGAACUGGGAGGAGUUCCUGAGCCUGAGAACCGGCAGCGGAAGAGGAAGGGCGUAGGCCCUUCAAAUGUCUGGAGCUCAGAGACGUGGCCCAGGAGAGGGAACUGUGGCUAAUCAAGGAGGCCAUGCUUGAUGUUGCUUCCAGAUCCCAUGUCAACACCGAGUCCUCAGUUGCUGGUGGCAGCUGCUCAGCAGACCCUGGGCAUGGGAAAGAGACGGGGCCCACCCCAACCUGUCUGCCUUCACCUGGCCGGAGAAAUACUGGCUGUGGCCCGGGGACUGAAGCCUGCUCUGCUCUAUGAUUGCAAUGGUGCUGGGGCAUCAGAGCUCCAGCGCUAUCUGGAGGAGCUGCAGGGCCUGGGCUUCCUGACGGAGGGACUUCACAUCCUUGAGCUUGGAGGAAACAACCUGAUUGUCAGACCUGAGCAUGUGUGUCAGCACCUGGAACAGGUGCUCCAUGGUACUAUAGCCUUUGUGGAUGUUUCCAGCUCCCAACCUCACCCUUCUGUUCGCUCCCUGGACCAGCUUCAAGGCUUGAAGUCCCUUAUAGCUGAGAUCAUCACCCAUUUGCAGGGGUUGCACAGGGACCUGUCCCUGGCAGUCUCCUGCAGCAGGCUCCGCUGCUCAGACUGGAAUCUCUGUACUGUGUUUGGGAUCCUCCUGGGUUAUCCUGUUCCCUAUACCUUUCACCUGAACCAGGGAGAUGACAACUGCUUAGCCCUGAUCCCACUACGGGUGUUCACUGCCCGGAUCUCAUGGCUCCUUGGUCAACCUCCAGUCUUGCUUUAUUCCUUUAGUGUUCCAGAGAGCUUGUUCCCAGCCCUGAGGGACAUUCUAAACACUUGGGAAAAGGACCUUAGAAGUCGAUGUAGGACUCAGAAUGACUUUGCUGACCUCACCAUCUCCUCUGAGACAGUCUCACUGCCAGCUGUGGCCCUCUGACUGUCUCCUGUGGAGCAAGUACUCAGUAAAUGUCCAGCCCUAAGUCAAGGAUUGCAAAUAGCAAUCAUCUCCAGUGCCAAUUCUGAGCAUCUUGAGAACACUAGGGAAGAAUGCUGUCAUCAGUUGGCCACAUCUAUGAUGGGCAUGGGGACAGGUGGUGGCUACGGCAGCAUUGGUAGUACGUUUUUGCCAUUUCUGUAGUAAGGAGUCCUGGCUUAGCUGAGAUGGCUAUUCCUUUUUCACUGAAUAGAAGAUGGAAGGAAAGAGACUGUGGAGAAUAAGAAGGGAGGUGGAGGACAAGCAGUGUAUCCUUGUCUACUAUGUAUGGUACGGUACGAUAAGGUUGUAAAUAUGCCUGCCCUGUGUGUGAGUAGUGUUCACUGGAAAGUAGCAGGACUGGGCUUCACUGCAUGUUUAUAUACCUCCAACUGAAUUGGGUUAAGAACAGUAGACCAGGAUGCUCAAGUGUCUUAUAUUUGUGAUGUGAUAGGUCAUCCAGGAAUAAACAAUUCUAGGGACAGAGACUGUCAGGCAACGUUUAUUCAUUUUAUUUACAGUAGGUUAAAAAAAAUAAAGUCAGAAAUUUCAGUUGCA